AUGGCAAGAGAUCUGUUUCCAUGGGGGCUCUUCAGAAAGCCUCUGUACAUUCAGGCCAGAUUUUCCUACCUACGUAUGAAGUACCUGUUCUUCUCCUGGCUGGCAGUGUUCGUGGGAAGCUGGAUAGUGUACGUAGAGUACUCUUCCUACACAGAGCUGUGUCGUGGGCACGACUGCAAAAAUUCAAUAUGUGACAAAUACAGAAAAGGAGUCAUUGACGGCUCAGCCUGCAGCAGCCUGUGUGAGAAAGACACGCUUUACCUGGGGAAGUGUUUCACUGCCAAGCCCAAGAGCCAGGUGUACUCAGGGAGCUGGGGCGACCUGGAGGGAGUCAUUAAGUGCCAGAUGGAAGAGGCGCCUCAUUAUGAUUUGGGAAGUGAGAUGGAGCCAAGGAAGGAGGCUGCGGCCUUCAACAAGCCCACCAAGGGGACCUCUGUGGAGAAGUUCAGAGAGAUGAUCCUCAACCACCUAAAGGCUAAAGUGGGGGAUCAGGCCAACCUCGCAGACCUGGCAACCCAGGUAUUAUCCAUAACAGAUGCCAAUAAGGAUGGACACAUCUCACUGCCUGAGGCUCGCUCCACGUGGGCUCUGCUGCAGCUCAAUGAAUUCCUCUUAGCUUUAGUUCUGCAAGACAGAGAGCACACGCCCAAGUUACUGGGCUUCUGUGGAGACCUGUAUGUGAUGGAGAAGGUGCCAUAUUCUCCGCUGUACGGGAUCAGCCUACCCUGGAUCAUAGAGGUGUGGAUUCCUGCCGGUCUGCGUCGCAGCAUGGACCAGUGGUUCACCCCCUCCUGGCCACACAAGGCCAAGAUCUCAAUCGGACUGCUGGAACUGGUGGAGGACGUUUUCCACGGCACUUUCGGCAGCUUCCUCAUGUGUGACGUGAGCGCUACCAGUUUCGGCUACAACGAUCGCCAUGACCUGAAGGUGAUGGAUGCACGGUACAUUGUUCCUGAAGCAGUCUUCCAAGAAGGCAUUAGGCAGCAGCGCUGCGAUGUGGACGAGGAUUGUCUCUACGGGGCAGACUGCCUCACUUCCUGUGACCUCACAAAGCACCGCUGCACACCCGAGGUCGCCAGGCCAAACUUAGCCAAAGCCUGUGAAGCACUCAAGGACUAUAUUCUCAGAGGUGCUCCAUCUGACAUGAGAGAGGAGCUUGAGAAGCAGCUGUACGCUUGCAUCGCACUGAAAGGGUCAGCAGAACAGAUGGAAAUUGAGCACUCACUAAUUCUGAAUAAUCUCAAGACUUUGCUAUGGAAGAAAAUAUCUCAUACUAAAGACUCCUAAUGAAUAAACAAACAGGCACAGAGACCGAUUCCUGUCCCAUAAAGUUUUUAAAUAUCACUGACUGUUUUCACUGUGGAAACAAGUAUACGAUUCCCCUUAUAUUCACCUGUACAUGUAUUACUGAUGUAUUUUAUCUUUAAGCAGUUGUCAAGGAAUGUCACUUUCAUAUUAAAUUAUGUAAUACGUAA